AUGGCUUUGGGUGGAUUUCUGCUCUUCACUCUCGGAGCAGUGGCAAAGGCUGCCAGUGGGGGAAGCACUGUCAUCGAUAUAGACGUUGCAAUCAUAGGCGGCGGGGCUUCCGGGGCUUAUGCAGCCGUGCGACUACGAGAGGACUUUGGUAAAAGCAUUGUCGUCGUUGAAAAGCAGAACCGCUUGGGCGGCCAUACCAAUACAUGGCAUGAUCCGACAACCGGAAAUCCAUUCGACUAUGGCGUUGAAGUUUUCACCAACUUAACGGCCUCCAGGGAAUUCUUUGGACGGUUCAAUAUCCCCAUCGGAACCCCCCAAUUUGCAGAGUCAGGGACAUUGUAUGCGGACUUCGUUGACGGCAAAUCAGUCAACUAUACACCUCCAACCACGGAGGAAGUCACUGCCGCAAUGGGAAGAUAUCGGGAUCAGUGGCUCAAAUACCAAGACCUGAUGUUGCCUACGAGCUUGGACUUCCCAACCGGCAAGGACAUUCCAGAAGAUCUCCUGUUGACUUGGAAUGAAUUUGCGCGCAAGUACGAUCUAGGAGCCGCAUCACCGUCAAUCUUUAGCACGGUCGUGGUGGACCUUGAGGCCGCAUUGAUGAUCGACGUGUGGAAAGCGUACGCUGUACCGACUACCGCCUCAGGAUUCCAGCCAAUCUCGGGCGACAACUCCGAGAUAUACGACAGAGUCGCGCAGCUACUUGGCAAUGAUGUCCUCUACGAAAGUCAGGCAAUCUCAGCUCAACGAUCGAACGAUGGUGUACGACUCCUGGUGAAGGGGAAUGACGGGAACACAACCGAGAUCAAUGCUAAACGACUCCUAAUAACGAUCGGACCGGAAACUUUGGACCAAACGAUUUUUGACUUGGAGGAUCAAGAGGCGGAUAUUCUCUCCUCAACCACAGGUGAUCGAUACUACACGGGCAUUGUAUCGCAUCCAUCGUUGCCGGUGCAGGUGGUUCAGAACACAGCCCCAGGAGCUGUAGCCGCCAACUAUCUCGCGUACCCUGCGGUGUCGUCGUUGUCAAGUUUCAAUUACAUGGGAAACUCUUCAACAGGCCCUAUUUACCGCACUGUGCUUUUCGUCGCCAGAGAUACCGAAUUCGAGGAAGCGAAGAACAUUGUGCGCAGCUCCCUGCAGAACCUCAUGGAUGCAGGAACGAUUCCCGCUGGAGAUGUUGAUCAGGUCGACUUCAAGGCAUUUGAAGAUCACGGUCUCCUGUACCGGCGCUGGUCUGCUGAUCAACUGCGCAAUGGAAUCGUAUCUCAGGCAAACGCUCUGCAGGGUCUUCGUUCAACUUGGUACACGGGAGCGUACUGGAUGAACAACGAUGCCGCCAUGCUGUGGAAUACAACAGACGCUAUUUUGCCGAGGAUGCUGGAGGGAAUUUAG